AAAAACAAAUCAGCAGGCAAGCACAAACAAGUGCCGUGAAUGGUGAUGAUCCCAAAUGGCUAAUUGAUUAAUGAAAUAUUAAAUCUUAAAAUAGUCGAGAAUACAGCUUGAAUGUGACCUGUAGAGUUUGACAGACACUCCAUAAAUCUCAAUCAAUACGACGACAUGGCCACUCUCAAUUUAACAUGUACUACAGAUCAAGUAGGGACAGAGGAACAAGUUUCCCGGCAGAGGCUUUUGAGAAAAGGGGUAUUAUUGACUUGUAGUUUUUCAGAUCUCCCUUUACCCUGUUUUUCUUGAUUUCUCAGUCCAAAGAAACAAAACAAGAAUUUACCCUAUUUAAUCUCAAUUAUUUGUUGAUUAUCAUUUUAUUGCAUUUUUUCUUUUUUUGGUGGGUUUCGAAAUAAGUUGAAAUUUUUGUCUCCAAUUUUUGAGUUCAAUUGGCGGGAAAUCAAGUUUGUCGUCAUCUAUUGAAAUCUUUUUGUUUUAUUUGUGAAUUCAAAGUUUUGGUGCGUUACAAUUCACAAACAGUAGUUGGGUGGGGUUCUACAUUAUAAUUCAAAUCAAAUGUAUAUAGAUAUACUGAAUAUAUAGAAAAGGAAGUCGAAAAAUGGGGGUAUUGGAUAAUACGAAAGGGCUAAUAUUGGCAAUGUUGUCGAGCUUGUUUAUUGGGACGAGCUUCAUCUUGAAGAAGAAAGGUCUUAAGCGUGCUGCUGCUGCCGGUACUCGUGCAGGUACCGGAAGCUACACUUACUUGUUAGAACCUCUUUGGUGGGCAGGCAUGAUUACAAUGAUUGUCGGAGAGAUAGCAAAUUUUGUUGCUUAUAUGUUUGCCCCAGCAGUUCUUGUGACUCCUCUCGGUGCAUUGAGUAUUAUUGUUAGUGCUGUUCUAGCACACUUUAUGCUGAAGGAACGAUUAAGGCAGAUGGGUAUUCUGGGAUGUUUGUCCUGCAUCGUAGGAUCAAUAGUAAUUGUAAUUCAUGCACCUCAGGAACAUACACCAAGUUCUGUGCUAGAAAUCUGGACUUUGGCUACUGAACCAGCUUUUCUGAUUUAUGAAGCAGUAACAUUGUCAAUGGUUCUUGUUCUGAUUAUAUACUUUGAGCCCCACUAUGGACAGACAAACAUUCUGGUUUACUUGGGAAUUUGUUCGUUGAUGGGUUCACUUACGGUCAUGAGCAUAAAGGCUAUAGGAACUGCAAUAAAGCUUACUCUGGAGGGGAUCAGUCAAGCAGCAUAUCCACAGACAUGGUUUUUUCUUUCGGUUGCAGUAAUCUGUGUGAUCACACAGUUAAAUUAUCUUAACAAGGCACUUGAUACUUUCAAUGCAGCAAUUGUUUCUCCAAUAUAUUAUGUGAUGUUCACAACUCUAACUAUCAUCGCGAGUGCGAUAAUGUUCAAGGACUGGUCAGGUCAGGACAUGAAUAGCAUAAUAUCUGAGAUAUGUGGAUUCAUUACUGUCCUAUCGGGAACAAUAAUACUUCACGUGACACGAGAAGAGGAACCCACAACACUGCCAGGUAUAGUCCAAGGAACCAUAAUAUGGUAUGAUGGAGAUCCGGCAAAAGGCUUGGAAGAUGCACAUUAUAUCACAUUGCACUCUCCCGAUUUCUUUCAGUAGUGAAUUUUCUAAAAAGACUCGAGCAAGACAAGUUUACUAGCACUUGGGCUAAUAUGGCACACAAUGAUUUAUGAUUUUGGGGAUACGAGUUUCUCAAAAAGAUUGUGCAUUUUCAGGACUGGAUAGGCUGCCUCUUCCUCUGUGCACCUUUCCUUAGAUGUUCAGGGACGAGGGCUCUUUAAAUUGCAGAUGCAUAUUCUAGUUGGAUUAAUGGAUCUUCCAUGGCAAUCUCAAGCUAUGUGUUGAAACAUACACAAGUAGGGUUUCCUUCAGCUUAUGUUGACUGGUGAUUGUAUAUAUUUGUCCUUAUCCUCAUUUCUUCGAGUAAUUGAGUUAAUAGUUGUAUGAUUAUUGGUUUUGUUUUUUUAUUGUAGUUCUGAGAGCGAUCAGUGCAGAUAAGGUUUAGUAAUACUAUCACCCGUUUUUGAAGAUAUUUAUGUCGUCAAUAUGAAGAUAUCAGUUUUGUAUUUGUAAGCUGCAUGUUUGAUGUU